UUGCAGAACGUUCUCGAUUUGUUGCAAGAUACUCUGGCCAAGUAUAAAGAUAUAUCCUUUCUAGAAGUUGAAAAUAAUGUUAUAACCGAGCGGAAACGGAUAGAGUUGAUAUACACAACUGCAGAUGCCUUUCAGACCUUUGCUCUGAAGUAUGGCUGGUACCACCUCAACGAAUCAACGCCAGUGUUAAGGAGGAAAUAUGAGAGAAUCCGUGGUAUGCUGAAGUUUGUUCGUCUGUUUGUUAUGUUUUGUAAAGGAGAAGAAACUGAACAUCCUAAAUGACAAACAAAAAUAAAGUCAAACUAGGAUACAUUAAAAAAAUGAUCCUAUAACACUAGAGGCGGAAUACACGUUGAGAUUCAAGGAUGGGCUUGAUAGCGUAUGAUGGAAAUCUUGGAUGACAUACGAAAAUGAAGUCAUACCAAGGUGGAGCCUAACCUUUUUUUGUUUGUUUAAGCUACUAAUACCUCUUUCAAAUUUUUGGUAACUUAUUCAUAACACAAUCUGUUUUAUGUAUCUACUGGUGUAAGUACUACAGACUCAUCAUAGGCAUACAUAACUAAUCCCAUAACACUAGAGGCGGAAUGCAUGUGGAAGUUCAAGGAUGAACUCGAUCUUGUAUCAUACUUAUAUUGCGCAUUGAAUAUUAAAAAUAUUUAUUCAAUAAUAUUCUCAUGAUAUUUUAUGAUAUUUCUGUUAAUAUGUAUUUUUAAACCUCAUCAUUCGUCCUUUAUAACAGUUCGUAUUCGGAAACGUCUAAGACGAGAUUUUGACGACGACUUUCACCUCGGUGAAUCAUCAAGUGAAACUGUUAACAUCCCAUCUGAAAACUUUAAAAGAAACGGUAGGUAACUGACCAUGAUGAGACGAGAAGCAACUUGACUCUGAUUUUAAGCUUAGCGAGGAGAUUUUCUUUUUGUUUUUGUUUUUUUGUUGUUGUUGCAGUGUUUCCAGGCAAACAGGUUCCGUGAAUAUUAUAUUUAGAUCUCCGAAGCUUCCGAUAGUUUUUGCUAUCAGUGAGUGGGGCUGGAGGGAGGCAAAACAUCUCACAAUAUAAAUAUGCGAUCCUUUUACUUGUAAAGUUCAACCACCCACUGAAAAUAAAACUCUAUCCCACCAAUGUGGCAAGUGACAUUUCCUAAAGAGAAACUCUUCUGAUAAAUACAAGGAAAAUAACAAUGGGCCAUGUACUGCAGAAUUCUUUGAAGCUUUCGAAAAAGUCAUCAAUUUUCUCACAGAAGAGUAUCUUUUAAGUUGUUUUUAUUGCCUCAUCUACCUGCACGUGGAGUACGAUUUAAUCGCAGUCCAUUCAACUCACGGAUACAUUUUGAACUGCAUCUCUGUUUUUGCUUAAAGGUUCAGUGAUUGUCGUCAUCAUAUACAAAGACCUACAUGAACUGUUAAGAAGGAGAGAAUUAAAUAACGCUGACUUAAAGAAAAGGAGGUAAUAUUUUCUGUACGUGUAUGUUCAUUACGAUUAGAAACCAUUGAUUCGGAAACUCUCCAUAAAAUAUGUGACUUCCUGGGUGUAGUGUAGUGUAGUGUAAUGCGUUACAUAAUGUCACAUAGCGUCACUACUGUAAGGAAUUUCCAAUCAUGCCGAGAAUCUACUCUCGUGAGUAAAAGUAAAAUAACUGUUUACGGUUAUUUUACGCUUAAUAUAUCAUCUUGAUUAUUGAAUAAAAUACAGUUGAAUUAGAGGAAUGACAGUGUUUCGCGUUUAGGAAUUAUAUUCUGCCUCGCACCUUUCUUAUUCAUGGUAUUGCAUCUAGAUGACAACUACGAUGAAAGAGGCGAUGGCAGAAGGAAGAAAAAAGACCCACUGACAAUUAUUUUUCAACGAUAGUGGUGGUGAUGAUCAGAUAAACAAAAUGAUAAGUUUUAGCCCUUCCAUGAAUUGCACCUGAGGAAGACUGGUACUAAACCAAUAAAACCACUCGGGAGCGAAAAAGCCGUUAAAGGCAUUAUUCCUUCUUCUGCACUGGCUAGCGUCUACCCUGAUAUUUUUUUUUUAAUUGGCUCAAUAGAGAUAAUCAUAUUGGGCCUAUUGGAUUAUUUCCUAAAGCGAACCCUACUCGACGGUUUUAUUUCUUUAACAUUCAGGCGUCUUAACAGCUUGGUAAUGGCAGUCGCAAUGGAUCCGAAGCCACAACGUUUGAUACGAAAUGUCGUCAUGAGGUUUAGAAAUCAAAAGGUAAAAAAUCUACUUAGAAUUGAAAUAAUAUUAAAUACAUGAUGAAAUAUUUCAACGGAUGAAAAAACAAAAGAAAGGUACAUUGAGAGAAAACUAUACUUUUAAUGAUUAGCUGUUCUUGAACUUUUUACUUUUAGUCUAAAUGAAACCGUAUCUUAUUCAUUAGCUUCUUGACGCCACCAGAAAUUGUGUGUAUUGGAAAGGGUUUGAUUCCAAAAGGUAAGAAUAACUAUUCUGUGGUAGCCAGCAGUAUUUUGUAGUACUAAAUCAAAACUUUUGUCCUCGGCGAACGUGUUCAUUGUAUGACUUAAAACAUGUUUAGAGAUUGUCUAAUAAAAUUAAAAUGCCCCAGGCAGUCGAUUCACAGCACAUCAAUUCUUAAGCUUCAUGUGAAAACUUAGUCAACUAUAUUAUCUCAUCUUAUCUAAUUUUUAUUGCCUAGUUUUCCCAUUAAAUUUCCCUCUUUUUGGAUUAUUCUGAAAGACUUUGAUAUAACGGAUGUCUUGGUGGCCAUCUUAGAUAAUGUUAUGCUUAAUGUAAGCCGAAGUACUUAACCUUCUCAUCCAUUGCCCCUGCGUUCCAUUGGCUCAUCUUCCUAAUCUCGCAUAAUGAAUUGGACGCUAUCUUUCAAAAGAUGAGUGAUUUCAAAAGGCUGAGUCGUAACAGGAACCGAAAUGCGCCCCGCGAUUCCUUCCUUGUUUAAACACCAGCAAAUGGGCGACUGAAAAGACAGGCUAAUUAACUUAGAUGACUCCAAGCAGCAGAACCUACUCUCAAUAAAUAGUUUAGGGAAAAUGUCUGACAUAUUGGUCGUUUCAUGCAUAAAGCUAACAUGUCGCUUGUUUUUAGUAUUGACGGGUGGUCAGAUGAGGGAUGUCAGGUAUCUAAAAGAAAACAAGAGUACACAGAGUGCAGCUGCAACCAUCUGACUCACUUUGCAGUUCUUUUCGACUUUGGAAGCGCUUCAGCAGAGGUAAUGAUGUUUGUCUGUUCAUCUGGUAACAUGAGUGAUGAUGUUUCACUGUGGCCAUAUUUACUUAAAGGCGGGAAGAUCGGUCAUUUUUAUGAAUGGUGGGGCUGUUAUGCUAUUUUAUAUUGUGACUAAAAGUAACAAAAAAAGAAAAUUGAAACAUUUCUUUCGGAUGAUAUCUAUUUCGUCAUCACUAUAAUUUUGCUUUUCUUUUGCCGGUUGUUACGAUGACAAAAUAGACGACAGAGAAAGAUGAGAAGAUCUUGAAGAUUCUCACCUACGUGGGACUGAUCUUGUCGCUCAUUGGAAUAAUUCUUACUUUAGCUUCCUAUGCUCUCCUCACGUAAGUAAAACGUUUUUUUUUUUUUUUUUUUUUUCUGUUAUGGAAUUAUUUUACUACACUUGGUAUUCUCCAACUAUGACCUGUUUAGUUUUAGCUUGAUUUCUCUUAUCUUAGUUCAUUUCCUUUUCGUUUGUGAUACUGUUGUAUAGUUUCUUACUUGAUAUAAAUAAUAUAUAUCCACUUUCCUCUUUAUGUCUAUCAAUGCAGGCUGUAUUUCUUUUCUUUAUCACCAGCGAUGUGCAUCAACCGCUGUCUCAAGUGAGGUUAAGUCUCGUUGCCUCAUUGGGACUUGGCCAGAUAAUGUUUCUUGCCGGGAUAAAUGCCACACAGGAUAAAGUAAAAGCUUGUUUUUUUUGUUUUGUUUUGUUUUUUGUAUUGUUUUUGUUUAUGGUUUUUUUUUUGUUUUUAAAAAAGUACAACUUAAAACAAAGUCAGUAAAAGCUUUUUAACUAUCUGGCAGUGAAUUCAUAAGAGGAGUCUUGGCUCUAGUCGCAUGUUUGAGGAUUUGAAUAGAUUUAUGUUUGUUGUGAUUAAUAUUGAUCACAGCUCGACAGAAAGGGGGUAGGAGGGGGGGUUGAGAAAUUGUCAUAAGAAACAGGUAUUUAUGAAGUAACAGAUUCAUGUUGGCAUAAUCGAGACCAACUAAAUAAAAAUUUAACUUGUGGAGAAAAUAAAGGCUAUAUUUGAUAUAAAAUAUCGAAAGCUAUUAAAAAACCAUUUUAAAAGGAAUCCUAAUUAAUAAUUUAUACGAAAUAGAAAUAAAACAGUUACAGUUCUUAAAAGCUCAGUCUACUUUUGAUUUGCAGGGUGUUUGUGUCGCAGUGGCAGCCCUGAUGCAGUACUUUCUCAUGUCAGCCUUUUGCUGGAUGCUUGUUGAAGGAAUUUAUCUUUACCUAUUUGUCGUCAAAGUUUAUAAUAUAAAUGAGAAGAUGGCCAUGUACCAUGCUUGUUCUUGGGGUAAGCUCUUCCACUAUUGCAACAAUUACUAAAGGCAAUAUCAAGUUUUCUUUAUCAAAAUGAUAUUGAUACGUGGUGAUUUCACUGUCUUUAAAACUUUGCUUUUUGUUAAUUGUAGCUUUUCCAGCUGUUAUGGUCAGUAUUUCGCUGAUAAUUUCUUCAGCGAGGGACGGAAUCAGUAGUUUUGUCAGCGAAGAAUAGUAAGUAGCCCUAUCUUUUUAUUUAAGUUACAUUAUUUAUUUAUUUAUUUUUUUGAGACAAUUCAGCCCACUUCAGCUUUAAAGCUGGUUCAUUUGGGAACUAUUUAUAAGAUAACACGACCACACCACAACACCAGGAGCCACGUUCUCUACUCCUUGCAAGAAAUGAGUGGGUUCUGUAACGUGGGGCCUACAGUUUAUCGUCCUUAUUCGAGAACAAUAGAAUGUCUAACCAUUCGCGGAUGUCAUAGCAAAGGCGACACAUUCUCCUCUCCCUCUUCUCUUCUACUUCAACUCGCCAUUUACACCUUUGUGUGAUGGCUUGAUUCAACUUCAAGACUAAUAUAAUUAUGUAAUUUGUGUUGUGAAUAAGCUGCUGGCUCUCCAACGCAAACCAUUCUAUUUGGAUAUUUGCUGUUUUUGUUGUGACGGUGGAAGUUGUAAGUAGAUCACAGUUUUUAAUCAUAACUGAUAGUCUCCCUAACAUUUGCACAAUCCAAAAAUUCACAGUUAAAUGUUAUUCUUAGGAGGAGGCUCUUGAAUCAAUAUCAGUGGGACAAAGCUAUUCUAUAUGGCAGUCUAAAAAAGGCCUGUUUGCUGCGCGGUCUCAGCUAAAAAAAUUUUCAUUUUCCUUAUUUAUCUGAAUCUAACGUAGAUAUCUCAAACAUAAAUUAGGAAAGAAGCACACGAACAUAAUAGCUCCCCAAGACCGUUGAUUGCAAGGGCUUUCGGGAAACGGGCCUAUUGACUUGUAGACAACACUCAGCUCGAAUCAGAUGACGACUUCCAAUCAAAUUGCCAAACAAUUUUCCUAAACUAAAACAUCAAUCUGCUUAAUAUUGAAAAAAAUUUCAACUUGAAUAUUGCAUUCUGGUGUUCUGAUGGGUUCAAUGAACUCCAGUUAUUAGCUGAUAUUGCGAGUCACCGUAUAUGGUAAUGCAUUACAACAAUGAUUGCAUUGGAUACGAAAUAGGUUAUAGCCAACUCAGGGCUACGCGCCUCGUUGGCUUUCUACCAUCUCAGUCAUAUCCAUGUUUAGGAUAUUUUAAAUAUUACUUCUUUGUAGCUUAACUUGCUAAUUCUGGCCAGAGUUGUAAAAGAAAUGUCCGGAACACAGUCAGCUCCAGAAAAUCAUCAGAUACGGUAAGAGUAAACAUAAACGUCAGGGACUGGAAAAUGAUAACGCUAACAUUAACAACAACAAAGACAACAACAAAAAACGGCUUGUUCGUUAAUUCUUCUCAUUUUUUUUUUGUAUCGCUUUUUUAUUGUUGUUUUUUUUUUAAUUGUUCCUUUUCUAUUAAUUUCUUUUUUUUUUUGUUACUGUUUGUUUUACUGUUCUUUCUUUUAUUUUACAGACUUUGCAUCAAGACAUGUGUAGUAAUGAUUCCCUUACUGGGUGUCACGUGGUUAUUUGGUAUCUUUUCGACGUUUCACAAAGCUUUUGCCUACAUCUUUACCAUCUUCAACUCAACUCAGGUAAGCCAUUAUUAUGAUUUACUAGUCACAAUUAGUGAGCUCAUUAAAUAAGCAAACCUCAAAAUUAACAGCCUCAUCAUUUUUUAGGUACUCGCAUCAUUUAAAGGUGCAUCUUAUUCUUUUUACAGGGAUUUCUCAUUUUUCUAUUGCAUUGUGUGCGAAACAGUCAGGUAAGUACAAGUAGUUUUAUUCAUCGUUUGAAUUAAUCUUUGAGCUUGAUUUUGAUUGCAAUUAUUGUCGAUGAUUUUAUUCAAACUCCAAGCCAUAAAAAGACUCAUUAUCUUAACACAGUUACCGCCUGAAGGUAAUGCAUGAUGGAGAAAUCUUACGGUGGUCGUUAAUGCAGCUAAAGAUUAGACGUAAAAUUAUGGUAAUGAUCGCAUUUUAAACUUUCAGAGACCAUAAUAGCCUUCUUAGAAUUGUCUUCAAAUGUGCAAGUCACCCACUGACCCCAAAAUUUUCAAUCUUGAUAAGCAGCCUGGCCGUUUAAAGAGGUCGUAACAUAGGUCCUUUUCGCUUUUUCUAUCACUUGAGAGCCCUGUUGAAGUGUGACCCUUAUGCUACUCUUUGGAAUAUCAUAACGAGUAAUUUUCAGACACCUUUUUCCAGGCUGAGACUAAAACUUCAUGAUAUAUUUUCCUUUUUGCAGAUUAAAGAGCGUUUGAAUAGAAAGUUUAACGCUAUAUUCCGAGCUACAAAUUGA